GCGGCGGCGGCGCGGCGGAGGGGAGGGGGCAGCCCUAUAAUGGCGGCCGGGCGGCGGCGGCGCGGCGCUGGCGGCCCGGAGAAAACAAACAAACAAAAAAAAACCCAACCCCCAAAGUAGUUAAAGAGUGGAAAUAAUCGAAAGCUUCUUACUAAUCACAGGCUGCUGCAGUGUGCUUCUCCUUGCCUGGUUUACUGACAUAAAAUUGCAUUUCUCACUGGCACUCUCACAUCCUAAUUUGGUUCUUUUCAAAGAGGUUUUGUUUGUUUUAUGAUGCUUUUCCCCUUUGGUUCUGUUUGCCCAGUGGCCACUGGCUGGCCAAGCCUUUUAGUUUGGUUUUCUUUUCACUCCUGUCCGUAGUCAGUGUCCCAUUUUGGUUUGAGUGAAGGUGAUGCUUGCCUGGUGUUACUUUGGUUCGUACCCAGGGCAGGGGAUAAACCUGUAGCAGUGUUUGGUGGCUUUUUGUUUCUUCUCUCUGUGUGUGUUUCAUGUUUGAUUUGUAGAGCGAUAGCUCAGCUUUUGCCCUUGCCCUGCUGAGCAGAAGUGAGAGUUAGAUGCUGGCUACAAACUUCUACCUUCAGUGACCCUUUUUAACUUCUUGUAGCUGUGGGCUCCUCGUUUAGAGGAGGUGGGAAAAAAAUCACAGUGACACCAAAAAUGAAAUCAGAAGCAACCUGAAGCAGCCUCUUGCUGUAGCAGUGAAGGAGCUUCACAGAAUCAUUUCCUUACACAGUGACCUGCAGAAAGAGGCAGUGCUCAUUAAAUCUUGCUGACCCAACCAGCAGCUCCUCUCCGGUGUCCCUGGGGUGGAUGGAGAGCAUGACACCACGUUGUUAUUCCCGCAGAUGCUCCCGGAGGACACUGAGAGAAAGGAGCAGGAGCAAACGCCGUAGUCCUGUCUCGGCACAGUGCGAGCCUAGAACCCUUGAUCUUGAAGAUGGUGAGUAGCCAGCCUAAGUACGAUCUAAUACGGGAGGUUGGUCGUGGCAGUUAUGGUGUGGUGUACGAAGCAGUCGUCAGGAAGACCUCUGCCCGGGUGGCGGUGAAAAAGAUUCGGUGCCAUGCUCCAGAGAACGUGGAACUAGCUCUGCGUGAGUUCUGGGCACUUAGCAGUAUCAAGAGCCAGCAUCCCAACGUCAUUCACCUGGAGGAGUGCAUCUUGCAGAAAGAUGGCAUGGUGCAGAAGAUGUCCCAUGGCUCCAGUUCCUCCCUGUACUUACAGCUCGUAGAGACCUCACUAAAAGGAGAGAUAGUCUUUGACCCCAGGAGUGCUUAUUACCUGUGGUUUGUGAUGGAUUUCUGCGACGGGGGGGACAUGAACCAGUACCUGCUGUCGCGGAAGCCCAGCCGCAAGACCAACACCAGCUUCAUGCUGCAGCUCAGCAGUGCCCUGGCCUUCCUACACAAGAACCAGAUCAUCCACAGGGACCUCAAGCCUGACAACAUCCUCAUCUCCCAGAGCAGGAUGGACGCCAGUGACUUGGAGCCUACCCUCAAAGUGGCUGAUUUUGGGCUGAGCAAAGUGUGCUCAGCCUCGGGCCAGAACCCCGAGGAGCCAGUGAACGUCAACAAGUGCUUCCUCUCCACUGCCUGUGGCACUGACUUCUACAUGGCCCCAGAAGUCUGGGAAGGACACUACACUGCCAAAGCAGACAUCUUUGCCUUGGGCAUCAUCAUCUGGGCCAUGCUGGAGAGGAUCACCUUCAUAGACACAGAAACCAAGAAGGAGCUGCUGGGCAGUUACGUCAAGCAGGGCACAGCCAUCGUGCCCGUGGGCGAGGCGCUGCUGGAGAACCCCAAGAUGGAGCUGCUGAUCCCUGUCAAGAAGAAGUCCAUGAACGCUCGGAUGAAGCAGCUGCUCAAGGAGAUGCUGGCAGCCAACCCCCAGGACCGCCCUGACGCCUUCGAGCUGGAGCUGCGCUUGGUCAACAUAGCUUUUAAAGACAGCAGCUGGGACACGUGACCCUGCCAGCCUGGUGCCUCUUGGCAGAGCUGCUCCCCCCCUGACCAGCUUGAUGGCAGGAAAAAAGAACAGAGCCUGAACUCAAACCUGCAGGGUGUGGUUUCUACCCACUUUGGAGCCGGAUGAGUGCUAGGGAUGCGAGUUGGCCGCUGCGAGAAGGCUGCCGCGGGGGGGUCUGUGUGGUGGCAGUGCAGGGGGAAGCUGUGAGGAUGUCCACUUGUGCAUGCUGGCAGUGGGAGGACUUGAGUGAUUGAUGAUGAUGAGCUGAGACUUGAUUCCCAGCACUCUGUCAUGGAGUAUUUCCUACAUUCCAGUUUCCUACGUCAGUAUUAGGAGCUCUGGUGGGGUGGGGGGGAAGGAGGACCCCUGAGGUUUGCAUGCUGGCAGUGCAGAUCUCCAGGCUUUGUAAUUAGUUGUGUACAUAUUUGUGUAGAGGAGUGGCUGGAAGUGUGUUAAAUUAUUUGCUGUGGGUCUGAAUGAUUGGGGUCUGCUAGAACACCAGGUGAAGAGGCUGAGGUGAGACGCAUUCCUCCUUCUCCAGGCUGCAAUGAUAAGGUCCUUAUUUAUUUUUCACUGUCUAAUGUCAAAUACAAAGUCUGAGACUUGACUUUGUAGGCAGCAAAACGAAACAAAUGCACUGCAAGAGGCUUGGCAGUUUGCAGAGUGCUGAUGUGGCCAAGCUUGGCACUUAGAGCUUCAUCAGCUUGUCACCGAGGGAGUCCAGGGCCAAAGGGGUGCAGUCAGGUGCUGGCUGGGUUGUUAAUUGUUGCAUUUUGGGUUCGCCUUCAGUUGAGCUCCAGGUCUGCAGUGUGCUCUCUGCUCUGUGUCUAACCCAGCAGCACCUUGAGGGUCUCUGGCAGCAGAGUGCUGUGGGCUUUGCUGGUGGUGAUGAGGGUGAGGGAGGUGCAGCAUGGUGAGGUGCUGAUUUUAAGGCUCUUCAAGCUGCAGUGGCAGCAGAGUUCUCCUGUUAGCUGACUCGAACUAGGAAUAACUACUCAUGGCCUCUUCCUCUCUGGCAUUGCCUCUAGGCCAGUCGUGCAGAGCAGAUACAGGGGUGAGUGUUUGCCUGGCAGCACACACCUGUGCUCAGUAAGCAGUGUUCACAUUGGGUGCCUCCCAUUUGUGUGCCAGCCUGGGCCUAUUUUCUGCUGGUUUCCUCCUUUUGAAGGGCUUGAGACUGAUUUCAAAGCCUGGCUGGUAGGCUGGAGAGCUUCAGAGUGCUCGAAAGGCUGCUCAGCUCCAGCUCCUGCCCCACAGCAGCAGACUGAUGUGCUCAGAGAGGCUUCACUGAGGCCACCUGAUGCUCUUCAGCUGACAGAAGCUGCUUUGUGGCAGCACAACACUUGGUGCUUUGGCUGCAGCCUCUGCCCCUUCCCCUCAGUUUGGCCUUUGGGGAAGGGGCAGUCCUAGACAUCUGCCUUUGAAGCUGCAUCAGAGGCCACUGUGCUUAAUAAAAGCAAUUGAAUGUUUGGAGUUUAUUGAAUCUUACCUGCACACUGCCCCAAGCAUUUCCUUCUGGCAUUUCCCUCAUGGCCUGGUGAGAGCAGCUCUGAUCAGUUGUGUUUCAUUUUGCCUGGGUGUGAAUAAGCACCACAAACAAGAUCAGUUCUUUUGUUCUGAACCCAAAGGAUUCUGAUUCUGCCCAACCUGAGAGGCUUGGCAGGUGGCAGGUGGUUCUUACUGGGUGCUCUGUGGAGCUGGUGGGUGUCAGCCAGAGGCUUUUAGUGCUUAAUCCUUGUUAUUUAGCUUCAGUUUCUCAUUUGAAGGCAAGUUGUGUGCUGCUCAGCCAGGCCCUGGGGGCGUUCCCGGGCAGCACUUUGCACCCUCAAUGGUUGUUGCUCAGAAGGUGCUGCAGGGGCAGCUCUCAGAAGCUGGAGUUCCCCAGUAGCGCAGAGUGGGAAUUGAUGGGAAGGAGGUGACCACAUCUGACCUGCAGCCUCUUCCCUGCAGGGUGCUCGAGCUAGGGAAGAAGCUGGAGGGCCUGGAAUGCUAAAGAGCUCAAUUCAUUAUCUCCUGGAGGUGGGGAUCUGCUGGUUCUCCUUUUUUAACUGGGUCCAGUAUAAUUGAAGCCUCAGCCUGUGGCUGAGAGGACAACGAGCCUCUGGCUGGCUGUGCCCAGGCUGCUUUGCAGGGCUCACCUUUACCAGGGCCAUUCCAUGAGUACAGUUUAGAGGAUCUCUCAUUUUCCCAUCUCCAACUUGAAAGCACUUCGCAAACGCACCACAAUCUCCUCCUCCUCUCCUGCCCGCCCCAAAACCAGAGUCAGCUACACUGCCUUACAGUAGAAGUCUACUGCAGAGUGCUGCCUACCCCUGAGGGCACUUUGGUUCCUCUCCGAGGUGCUGCAGGGGAUGAGCACCGAGCUUGCUGCCAGCCUGCAGUGCUACUGCAUGGCACAGGGAAAGUCUUUUGGGGUCUUUUUGGUUGGUUUGUUUGGUUUUUUUUGCCUCCCAAAGUUUUUCUUUGCACUGAUUGCCACUUUACAGGGUGUGGGGGGUGCCCCCAAAACUCCCUCUCAUGGUGCUUAGCCUUGCUGUUGGGUGACACUGAGUGUUUCCUGUCCUUCCUCUGGCUCUGCUCUGUUUGCUCUGUGUUGUCUGAAGUCUUUGGGCUUAAAAACCUUUGAUAAAUACAAUUGUCUGUAGCAGCUGCAGCUACUCACCAGCCUGACACCAAGUCGAGAUCCUUUUCAGCACUCAGAUUUGUUGUUGUUGUUGUUGUUGUUGUUGUUGCUUUUUGUUUGUUUUUCUUUUCUAAGUCUUUCUUUAAGAACUGUAAAUUAUAUUUUCUGGAGAAUUUAUAACAAGGAGAUUUAUUGUGUAAUUUAUUCAGUUCCUGACUGGUUUUGAAAUUAAAAGGGGAAAA